UUUUUUCUUUUCUUUUCCAUCAAAGCUCUUUUUGCAGCAUAUUCUGCACAUUCUGCAUGAACAUAAGAAGCAAAUAUUGUCAUUACUCACGCGAUGAGUGCCGUGAGAUUGUUUUUCUUUUUCGGGAUUACAAGAAGGAUUUAUCUUUGUUUUUUUUUAAAGAGGCGCCAUUUAAUCCAAACACAUCCACACACCGCUUGCAAUUGCACUCCCUGCCAUUUUGGGAUUUUCCCGCGGGGCAACCUGGUGGGAUGAUGUUUGGGGUCUCUCCAUCGCACCACAUUCGCGAUGACCGUGAUUUUUUUUCACUCACUGCCAACUCUCGCGCGCUGGAGUUUUGUGUCAGAAUCCCACUGAUCUCGUAAAAGUGUCAGUUCCGUUUCGCGAUGGUCAGACCGCGGAGCUAUUGGUGAGUGAGACUUGUGGUGAGCGCCUCCGUGUAUAGUGAUUUUUAGCCAAAGCAAUGUGGUGCAGUGUUGUAGCAGCACUUAUUCUACUUUACCUGAGUGCAUUGCAACUCACCGGUGCAACUGAAAAUGCCCGAGAAUGCGCAUCUACCAGUAAGAAUAAAUGUGGCAUCCAGGCACUCUCUGACAGGAUUGUUGGUGGUGAGGUGACGGCAAUUGAUGAGUUCCCGUGGAUGGCCUUGCUGAGCUAUCACGAUGACGAUGGGGAAGAUGUAUGGGGGUGUGGUGGCUCCUUCAUUGGUACCCGAACAAUCCUCACGGCUGCCCACUGCCUCCUGCCCACGUUGGCAUUUGUACGCCUCGGGGAGCACAAUGUGAGCAGUGCAGUUGAUUGCCAGAUCUUUGCGAAUCCCCUGGAUAAAGAUUGUGCCGACCCACCCAUAGACUAUCAUGAUUUCAUCGUGCUGCGGCAUCCACAGUGGACGCCCGAGCUGAAGCAGAACGACGUGGGGCUCAUUAAGUUGAUGCAAAAACCCCCAGUUACGGACUUCAUCCACCCCAUUUGCCUGCCCUGCAGCGAUCGCGUGACCGUGAAUGCUUCCGUAGCUGGAUGGGGGGCAAGUGAUGGGAUUGAUACACGUGCCAGCAGCGACACAAAGCUAAAGGCAAUCCUCAGUAUUGUGGAGCACGAUAAGUGCCAGCUUUUCUAUCGGAAUUUCAACAUUCAAAUUAAGAGUCAAAUUUGUGCUGGUGGAAGGAAAGGCGUCAAUGCAUGCCGCGGAGACUCAGGAGGACCCUUGAUGAUGGUGAAGGAUGACAUUUGGUUUGUGAUCGGGAUUGUAUCAUUUGGUCCACAGAUUUGUGCCUAUGAGCAUGGGGUUACAGCUCCCAGUGUCUACACAAAAGUCUCCGAGUACACGGAUUGGAUCAAGAGCAACAUGGACUGAUAGAAACGCUCUUUUCACUUCAAUCUCCUUCCAAUUUGUUCUCAAUCUUGUAAGACUCGCUAAGCUUUCCUAGACACUUCUCAUAAAACAUAUUUCCUAAUCUUUUCCCAAGCCUGUGGAAUUUUACGGGAAAAGUUCUUCGGAGAGAGUUAAUGCUGUUGGUUUUUAUUUUAAGUGAAAACUUCCUAAGAAUUAUUCUCAAUGUGAAUGAAAUUUAAAUAAAUAUUUCCAAGAA